UGUAGCUUACAGCCACAGUAAUUUGGAUACACAAUAUAAAAAAGAUGUAAAUUGUGACAUCAAAACCAUAAAAUGAGGGGGAGUGAAAGAGUAGAGUUUUGUAUGCAAUCAGAUUUAAGUUGCUAUCGUUCCUUUCCAACCUGGACCUGGCAGAAUGGCUCCUGCAAAGAAGGGUGGCAAGAAGAAAGGCCAUUCUGCCAUCAGUGAGGUAGUGACCAGAGAAUACACCAUCAGUAUUCACAAGUGCACCCAUGGAGUGAGUUUCAAGAAGCGUGCCCCUCAGGCACUCAAAGAGAUCUGGAAAUUUGCUAUAAAGGAGACAGGAACUCCAGAUGUGCUCAUCGACACCAGGCUCAACAAAGCUGUCGGGGCCAAAGGAAUAAGGAAUGUGCUGUACCUUAUCUAUGUGCCGUUGUCCAGCAAAUGUAACAAGGGUGAAGACUCACCAAACAAGCUUUAUACAUUGGUUACCUAUGUACCUGUAACCAUUUUCAAAAAUCUACAGACCGUUAGUGUGGAUGAGAACUAA